AUGAAUAGGGAAAGGGGCUCAGAGAGCAACAAUGAGCAACCAAGGAGGUGCCCACAGCACAUCACAGAGCAACAAGAUGGGCAAUCACAGCAAUGCCCACAGCACACCAUAGAGCAACGAGGUGAGCAACCACAGCAAUGCCCACAACACACCACAGAGCAACCGGGUGAUCAUCCACAGCAAUGCCCACAGCACACUAUAGAGCAACGAGGUAAGCAACCACAGCAAUGCCCACAGCACACCACAGAGUAUCGAGGUGAGCAACCACAGCACACCACAGAGCAACGAGGUGAGCAACCGCAGCAAUUUGCACAGCACACCAUAGAGCAACGAGGUGAGCAACCGCAGCAAUUUGCACACCACACCACAGAGCAACGAGGCGAACAACCACAGCAAUUCCCGCACCACACCACAGAUAUCAAAUGA